AUGCUGCGGAUCCUGUUCCUGGCACUCUGCGGGCUGCUGACAGGCACGCGAGCUGACCCUGGGGCCCUGCUGCGCCUGGGCAUGGACCUCAUGAACCGCGAGGUCCAGAGUGCCAUGGAUGAGAGUCACAUUCUGGAGAAGAUGGCAGCGGAGGCGGGCAAGAAACGGCCGGGGAUGAAACCCAUCAAGGGCAUCACUAAUCUAAAGGUGAAGGAUGUCCAGCUGCCUGUCAUCACACUGAGCUUCGUACCUGGGGUGGGCAUCUUUCAGUGCGUGUCCACUGGCAUGACCAUCACUGGCAAAAGCUUCAUGGGUGGAAACAUGGAGAUCAUUGUGGUCCUGAAUAUCACAGCCACCAACCGGCUUCUGCAGGAUGAGGAGACGGGCCUCCCCACAUUCAAGAGCGAGGGCUGUGAGAUCAUCCUGGUCAGUGUGAAGACCAACCUGCCUAGCAAUAUGCUACCCAAAGUGGUCAACAAGUUCCUAGACAGCACCCUACACAAAGUUCUCCCUGGCCUGAUGUGUCCAGCCAUUGACGCAGUCCUGGUGUAUGUGAACAAAAAGUGGGCCAACCUGAGUGCUCCUAUGCCUGUGGGGCAGGUGGGCACUGUCAAAUAUGUCCUGGCAUCCACACCAACUACCACAGCCAGCUACAUCCAAGUGGACUUAAGUCCUGUGGUGCAGCAGGAAGGGGGAGAGACGAUCGAGCUUCCUGAUGCCAGGGAGGACCUUGAAGUCCCCGAGAACUACGCCGAAGGGUCGUCACAGGUAGAGCUCUCAGCCGCCUUCCUCACAGCCGAGCUCACCCUGCUGCAGAAGUCCUUCGAUGUGAAAAUCCAGGACAUGAAAAUUGGUAAUAUGCCCCCACAAACCACCAAGACUCUGGCUGGCUUCAUCCCUGAAGUCGCUGAAGCCUAUCCCAAGCCAAAGCCCUUGGUGAUGGAGAUCAAGAUAAACAAGCCCCCCAAGGUCACCAUGAAGACAGGCAAAAGUCGGCUUCACCUCCAUGGCACCAUAGAGAUGUUGGCUGCUAGACGGAAGAGCAAGGCUCCUGUGUCCCUAUUCCUCCUGGAAGUCCACUUCAACCUGAAAAUCCAGUACUCAGUGCAUGGCAACAGGCUGAAGAUGGCCACAUCUCUGUACAGAUUACUGAGUCUGUCCCGGGAGUCCUCAUCAAUUGGCCCAUUUGAUGAGCAGGAAUUGACUGGCUUCAUCACCAAUUAUCUCCAAGAGGCUUACAUCCCAGUUGUCAAUGAUGUGCUCCAGGUUGGGCUCCCGCUCCCGGACUUUCUGGGCAUGAAUUACAACCAGGCUGACCUGAACACAGUAGAGAACGCUCUGGUACUGAAUUUGAAGUUGGAAUGA